AUGGAUCGUCCACCAUCUAGAGAAGCAACUCCCGAACGUCAAGAUGAAUAUGGCGCGCCUGGAUCUCCUGAGCGUGGUCGUUCGCGUUCUCGAUCUUACAGCAAGAGCCGAUCGCCUGUAAGUGCUCGUAGCUAUAGCCGUUCUCGUUCUCGUAGCCCAAGAGGACGUUCUCCCAGUCCUGAACGUCGUCGAGACGACCGCAGCCGUUCCCGCAGCCGUUCGUCAUCGCGUUCGUAUCGCCGCUAUAGACGCCGUUCACCAUCCUAUUCGCGUUCGAGAAGUCGUGAUCGUAGACGCUAUUCGAGAAGAAGUCGCUCGCCUCCUCGUCGCCGCUAUAGCCGUUCUCCUCCUCGUCGUAGAUCUCGUUCGGUCGAAAGACGUAGAAGAAAGGAGAAGGAAAUGCAUGGCACGAGGGAUGCGCCUGAGCGUUCCAACAUUUUGGGUGUCUUUGGAUUGAGUAUCUUUACUCGUGAACCUGAUCUUGAGGACAUCUUUUCACAAUACGGCAAUUUGCAACGCGUGACAGUCGUCUAUGAUCGUAGACAUCAACGCUCGCGUGGUUUUGCCUUUGUGUACUUUGAAACUGAAGAUGAAGCUGAACGUGCACGUACCGAGACCAAUGGCAUGAACAUCAAUGGUCGUGCUGUCCGAGUGGAUUAUUCGGUUACCCAUCGUCCACACACACCUACACCUGGUGAAUAUAUGGGUGAAAAGCGUGCUGAUGGUGGUGGUCGUGGUGGUCGUUAUGGUCGUGAUCGUGAUCGUCGUUCUCGUCGUCGUAGCCGUUCUCGAUCCCCUUAUUAUAGCCGUAGAAGAAGAUACUCUUACCGAUCCAGAAGCCGUAGCCGCUCUUGGUCUCGCUAA